AUGGUUUUCUCACAUCAUAACUCCGCGGGCAGCGUCCCAGCACGGACUGUCGAUGGGGCCGGCUACGGCAAAGUAGCUAUCAUCACCGGCUGUGCAUCAGGCGUAGGUCUCGCGACGACAAACCUCUUCCUUAGCCACCAAUAUGAGGUUCUCGGAGUAGAUGUCCACGAUAUCGACUAUAGCAAAGUCAACCAAGAGUGUCAAGAGUCCUUUCAUUUCCAUAGAGGCGAUCUGAUGGAGGAAGACGAGUGUAACGAGGUUGUUAGAAUAUGCGUUGGAAAAUACGGGCCUAAAAUCGACGUAUUGGCGAAUGUGGCAGGCGUCAUGGAUGCUUUUGCCGCAGCGGAUGUAUAUACUGAUAAAGAGUGGGAUCGAGUGAUGAUGAUCAACCUCACAGUUCCUACCAGAAUGAUCCGUGCAGUGUUGCCAAUGAUGAAGGCCAAAGGCAACGGAUCAAUUAUAAAUGUGGCUUCAAAGGCAGCUGUAAGUGGCGCCGCUGCCGGUGUAGCUUACACUGCAUCUAAACAUGGCUUGCUGGGUGUAACGAAGAACACAGCCUGGCGUUUCCAUGAAGAAGGGAUCCGCUGCAAUGCAGUUCUCCCCGGAGCCAUUACCGACACCCACCUAAAAGAUUCACUUGACCCAGCAAAUUUUGAUGCAGACUCAUACGGGCACCAAGCACCCAUUCAUGCUCUGCACAGCGAAAACCCAACCAUCACACCAAAUGAGGUUGCAAAUACGAUUCUUUUCCUCGCGAGUGAUAUGGCCAAAGCCAUCAAUGGAGUUGCGCUACCUAUUGAUAAAGCAUGGGGUGUUAUUUGA